CUUUGCUCAGUUGGGGCCGGGGAGGAGGCCGCAGUUGGAGGGGGCAGCCACGGGCCUCCAGCUGCCCACCCACCCAUCCCUGCCUUCCUUACAUAACCCCCCCCUCCUCCUCCUCUUCUUCCUCCUGCCGCCAUCAUCAUCAUCAUCAUCCCACCCCCCCCUCCUUCAUCUCAUCUUCUCCAGGGGCGGAGGGGGCGCCUGCAGCCCGCCCCACUGACAGCACAUCCCCCCGAAAAUCCGCCUUGAAACCCAAGAGGGGGAGACUUUUUUUGUAUUUUGGAAAGCCAUCGACGCCGAGAAUUAUUAUUUUUUUUUUCAAAGCCACCGUCAGCACCAGCCCCCCUCCCUCCCCGAGCUGGACACCGCUGGGUGAAGAAGAGGAAGAAGACCUCCCCCUCCCCAACCCACACCUCCUCCGCCCCCCCGGGAAGCACCCUGGAAGGAGAAGCCGCCCCCCGCUCGCCUGCCCUGGGGCCGAGGAGGCAGAAAACCGUCGGGAGCCCCACCCCGUCCACGCGUGCGUCGCCUGCCGCCCUCGCCCCGCCCUCGCUCGCGCUUGGCCACCCGGGCAGGGAACAUGCAUCUGGAGAUCAAAGUUGCCCUGAACUUCAUCAUCUCCUACCUGUACAACAAGCUGCCCCGCCGCCGGGCCGACCUGUUCGGGGAAGAGCUGGAGCGUCUGCUGAAGAAGAAGUACGAGGGCCACUGGUACCCUGACCGGCCCCUGAAGGGCUCGGGCUACCGCUGCGUCCACAUCGGGGAGACGGUGGACCCGGUGGUGGAGCUGGCGGCCAAGCGCAGCGGCCUGGCGGUGGAGGACGUGAGGGCCAACGUGCCCGAGGAGCUGAGCGUCUGGAUCGACCCCUCUGAGGUCUCCUACCAGAUCGGCGAGAAGGGGGCCGUCAAGGUCCUCUACCUGGACGACAGCGAGGGCUGCGGCUCGACCGAGCUGGACAAGGAGAUCAAGAGCAGCUUCAACCCCGACGCCCAAGUGUUCGUGCCCAUCGGCAGCCAGGACAACUCCCUGUCCAACUCGCCGUCCCCGUCCUUCGGCCGCUCGCCCAGCCCCACCUUCAUCCCCCGCUCCGCCCAGCCCAUCACCUUCACCACCGCCACCUUUGCCGCCACCAAGUUCGGCUCCACCAAGAUGAAGAAGGGCGGCGGGGGCGGGGCGGGCGGCCCCGGGGCGGGGGGCGGGGCGGGCGGCCCCCCGCCGGCCCCCCAGCCCCGCCUGGCCCGCUCCCCCACCAACGGCCUGCUGAAGCACAAGGGCCUCUCCCUGUCUAUGCAUUCUCUGAACUUCAUCGGGGGCGGCGGCCCGGCCCCUCAGUCCCAGCUCUCCCCCAACGCCAAGGAGUUCGUCUACAACGGCGGCUCCCCCGGCCUCUUCUUCGACGGCGCCGACCCCCAGCCCGCCGCGGGCCACGGAGGCGGCGGCGGGAGCGGGUUCGACGUGGCCCAGGUGUUCGGCGGCGGCACCAACGGCCUCUUCCUGGAGAAGUCGCCCUUCGUGGAGGGACUGAGCUACAACCUGAACGCCAUGCAGUACCCCAGCCAGUCGUUCCAGCCCGUCGUCCUGGCCAACUGACCGGGCCCUCCUCCCCCCUCCCCCCGGGGAAUCGGCGGGGAAGAGAAAAAAGAAAAAUAGAAAUAGAGAAAACGAUUUCCACUCUUCUCACUCUGGCUUCUUGGAAAAGAGAUCCAGCCCGGGCGGCCAGCGCCCCUGAAGCACUGAAUCGUGUGUGUUUUAGCCCGGACCCCACCCCCCCACCCCUUGCCUCCCUCCCUCUUCCUCUCCCCUUUUUCCCCUCCAGCCGCCCUCCCCCCCCGGCCUGUCUCUGAAAGAUUUUGUUGGUUUUUCGGUUUUGAUUUUUGUUUAGCUUUUUUCCUUAACAUCUUUACUUAGUGGCUUCUUGUUGUGCCGAGAAAGGUCCAAAUGUGAGUUACAGCUCCCGCCUCU